UGCUUGGUAGAAUCAGAUCAGCUGCAGUGCAUGUUAGCAAACCAACGACAACGUAAAUUUUUGAGACUUUUCUGAAGAUUUCGAAGAAAAAAGGACCGAAUCACCAGUGACUGUCACAUUUUCAUGUUCAAGUGCGUUAGUGCGGGCGGUGAGACAAUGGCAAAUAUCGCAGCGCAACGCAUAAAACGUGAAUUCAGGGAGGUGGUAACCUCUGAAGAGGUACAGAGAUGCGCGAUAAAACUGGAACUGGUCAACGACUCCUUCACAGAACUGAGAGGCGAAAUCGGGGGCCCGCCAGACACCCCCUACGAAGGAGCGAAUUACGUGCUCGAAAUCAAAGUGCCCGAGACCUACCCGUUCAACCCCCCGAAAGUGCGUUUCGUCACCAAAAUUUGGCACCCGAAUAUCUCAUCCGUCACCGGCGCCAUUUGUUUGGACAUUCUUAAAGACCAGUGGGCUGCAGCCAUGACCUUGCGCACGGUGUUGCUCUCCCUGCAGGCCCUGCUGGCCGCCGCUGAACCUGACGACCCGCAGGACGCAGUCGUGGCCAGGCAGUACAAAGAAAAGAAUGAUCUUUUUAGGCUUACAGCUAGGCAUUGGGGCGCCGCCUAUGCCGGAGGUCCAGACCGUAACAGCGACUUUGAGAACAAAAUCCGGCGACUGCUGGACAUGGGCGUGGAGGAACACAAGGCGCGCGUGGCGCUGUCCUCGUACGACUGGGACCUGGAGCGGGCCACGGAACAGCUGUUCAGCUAGUGACCGCCGGCCGGCUUGACCCCCCACCCCUCUUGUAAAUUUGUUCGAAUCGAAAGGAAGCGAGCGAGGAAGAGUGCGAGUACGCUGUUUUUAAAUACUAAAAGAAAUAAACGACAGAAGAUUUGGUUGCUCAGAUGUGCAGUAAAAAAUAUCGGCUGCAGCUGUUAAAUCACACGCGAUUUUCCCCUUCUGCUCUGUGAGCUGCGGUUUUCAGACACGGGCAACGUGAUCGAGUCAGUUUUUACUAAAAUUUUAUCAGUCUGGUUACGCUGGAAAUUGAUAAACUAUCCUUCAUGUUUUCGUUUGCUUGCAAAGCAAUUUAUUUUACAAAUUCCGCUUGUAAACAAACAUUUGUCGAGCUUGAUUUUUUUGUUUGUAAGAAUUGAUCCUCAACUGUAUAGUUGUGAUAUGAAUAAAAACAAACAUCUCUUAA